AUGGCCGCCACCGCGCAAUACCUACCGCGCUCCGCCGCGCUCAUGCACCCCGACGGGGACCGGCUGCACCAGGGCACCACGUACCGCGAGGUGCAGAAGAUGAUGCACCACGAGUACCUGCAGGGGCUGGCCCCCGCUGCCGGGCACGCCGUCGGGCUGGCGCAUCACCAGUGGCUGCCCAGCGCCGGCACGGACUGGGGUAGCGGUGGAGGUGGCGGCGGCGGCGCGCAUCUCCCGCCCGCCGAGCACGCCAAGGGUGGCCCGCCGGGGCCCCGCGAGGAGCUGUCCGCCGCCGCCUUCCACCACCGCCCGCACUUGGUGCACCAGCCGGCGGCGGGCGGCGCGGCGGGCGGCUGGGCGCAGGGCGGCGCGCAUCACCUGCCGCCCAUGUCGCCGCCGUCGGGGCAGCCGCUGCUCUACGCGCAGCCUUACGCGGGUCUCAACGGGAUGCUGGGCCCGCCGGCGCCCGCGCUGCACCACGGGCUGCGCGACCCGCUGGGAGCCGAGGAGGCGGGAGCGCACGAACUGGCGGCCUCGCCGCCGCCGCCGCUGGGGCCGCCUGAACCGCCGGACGAGGACGCGCCCAGCUCGGAUGACCUGGAGCAGUUCGCCAAGCAGUUCAAGCAGCGGCGGAUCAAGCUGGGCUUCACCCAGGCCGACGUGGGGCUGGCGCUGGGCACCCUCUACGGGAACGUCUUCUCGCAGACGACCAUCUGCCGGUUCGAGGCGCUGCAGCUGAGCUUCAAGAACAUGUGCAAGCUGAAGCCGCUGCUCAACAAGUGGCUGGAGGAGACGGACUCCAGCACGGGCAGCCCCACCAACCUGGACAAGAUCGCGGCGCAGGGCCGGAAGCGCAAGAAGCGCACCUCCAUCGAGGUGGGCGUCAAGGGCGCCCUGGAGAACCACUUCCUCAAGUGCCCCAAGCCCUCGGCGCAUGAGAUCACCUCCCUGGCGGACUCCCUGCAGCUGGAGAAGGAGGUGGUGCGGGUCUGGUUCUGCAACCGGCGGCAGAAGGAGAAGCGAAUGACGCCGGCCGGGGCCCCGCAUCCCCCCAUGGAGGACGUUUACGCACAGGCGGACACGUCGCCGCUGCACCACGCGCUGCCCGGCGCCGUGCAGUGACU